AUGUUACCAUCAUCGAAUGAAUCAGAUAUUCAGUUUCAACUUUAUUUUCUUGGUUGUGAUUCAGAUUCUAUUACUCGUUCAUCAAAUGAUACAUCAAUUGUGGGUCAUGUAAUUCGUUCAGCAACAAAUAAAAUUCAAAAAUUUGAAAAAAUAUAUAAUAGAAAAGAAUCAAAUCGUGUCACUGAUAUUGAUCAACUUUCUUUAUUCCACAGUCCUACUUCGUUCCCACGAAAAAAUACUACACGACGUGUAUCAAUAGAAAUUACAAAAAAUGAAAACUCUAAACUAUCAAUACCAAUAGUUAAAUCUGUGUCUAGUACUCGAUCACCAUCAUUGAUUGAAAUUAAAGCAGACACAAAAGUAUCUAUUCCUCAAGCUCCACCAUUACCAAACUCGUUCGAUUUAGCAAUUAAAUUACAAUCAAAGUCAUUUAAAACAGCAAUUAUUUCACCUGAUCAAGAAACUUUAUGGUCCAAAGCGGAAAAUUACGAUGUUGCUGGCUAUUUUAAUCCAUUAAUUAAAACAAUAAAUGAAAAAAAUUCAAAUACAAUGAAUGAGUCAAAAAUCAAAACGAUUCUUGACAAUCGUAAAUCAUAUAACCUUGGUUUGUACGAUUUUUCCAAAUUAGUUAAUAUUUUUUUUCGCAUUUUACCAAAUUACCAAUAA